ACGCGAUGGCCUCGAUCGAGCUCUCGGCGGCGGCGUCGCCAAAGGACCACCCGUUCCGGCCGAUGACGCCGACGCCGCCGACCACUGCGGCAGCGCCAUGGUACCAGCAGCCCUCGGCGCGCAUCGUUGCCGGCGUCGUCUUCGGCUUUGGCCUCGGCAUCGUCCUCGGCCGCAACGACGCAUCGCCGGCACUUGUCUCGUGGGUCGCGCUGCCCGGCACGCUCUUCCUUCGCGCGCUCACGUGCAUUGUGGUCCCGUUGGUCUUUGUCAACAUCUUCCUCUCGGUCGUCGAGAUGCGCGGUGUCUCGUCCGCCGGUCUCCACGCGAUCGGGCUCUUUGUUGGGACCACGGUCGUCGCGGUCGGGUUCGGGACGCUUGCCGUGCUCUUGCUGCAGUCGCACUUUGCUGUCGCGUCGUCGUCAGCGGAGAUGGCGGCGAAGACUUCGACCGACGUGCAGCUGGGCUGCGGCGACACCCGCCACCUCGUCGUGGCGCUCAACGGCGCAGUUGUGUGCGCAGCGACAGCGAAUAGCUCGUCGCUCUUGCACCUCGUCAACGCCACGGCGCCGGCCGCGGUCUCUCUUACGCAGACGAUCCAAGACCAGAUCUUCAAGGCCAUGGUGCCCGACAACAUUGUGCUCCAAUUCGUGAGCGGCAACUACCUCGGCAUCUUGGCGUUUGCGAUCUUUCUCGCGCUGGCCAUGCAGCGGUCGGAGCGCGACUGCCCGACGCUCGUCGCGCUCUGCGAAGACAUCAACGCGGUCUUGCUUGCCGGCAUCGAAGCGGUGAUCACGUGCACGCCGUAUGCGGUCGCGUCGCUCAUCGCCGGCGGCCUCGGGAUGACCAACGAUUUCUCCGCCGUCUUUGGCAACGUCGGUCUCUUCCUCGUGGCCUUUCUGCUCGCGGCGCUCGCUCAAGUCGGCGCGCUCAGUCUUCUCUUGUACGUGGUCGUGUGUCGUCGCUUGAAGCGACCGCUACUGCCGAUGCUCAAGGCGUUUGUACCAGCGCAGAUGUUUGCGUUUGGCUGCGCGUCGUCGGCGGCGACGAUUCCCAUCACACUGCAGACCGCCACGGCGACCGGUGCAUCGCCGUCGAUCGCCGGUUUCGUUGUAACCUUGGGCGCGACGCUGCACAUGAACGGCACGGCGCUGUACUUUCCGUGUGCUGUCGUCUACGUUGUCGUCUCGUCAGGUGGGCACCUCUCGCCCGUGACGUACUUGGUCCUCUGUAUUCUGAGCCUCGUGUCGGCGGCGGCGACGGCGCCCGUCCCGAGCGGCGCCCUUGUCAUGGUACUCCCGAUGGUCGUCACGGUCGGCGGCGACAGCGCGGCUGCGUCGUUUUCGUACCUCUUGGCGAUGGACUUUUGCGUUGACCGCAUUCGCACCAUGGUCAACGUCUACGGCGACUUGGUCGUCGCUCACUGCGUCGCCGCGCUCAACCCGACGCAUGCGAGCAGCGUAAACUUUCCAGAGAGCACCGAUGGGUCGGCCUCGGACCACGUCUAAUUUAUUUUCUGAAUGUUUUU